AUGAAAACCAUUGUUGCCCUAUCUCUGUUGGCGGUCGCUCUAGCGGCUCCCCAAGGACCAGAACCCAUACCCAUUCUUAGGCAAAACAGCGACAUCAACCCAGAUGGCUCGUUCCAGUACUCGUUCGAAACUGGAAACGGUAUCUCCGCGGAUGCCAGCGGCCAGUUGAGGAACAUUGGCGCUGAGGAACCGGCUCUUCAAAUCCAGGGACAAGUUCAAUACCCCAGCGAUGAUGGAAGCAACAUUCAAUUGACCUACGUCGCUGAUGAGAAUGGAUACCAACCACAAGGCGCUCAUUUGCCCACACCACCACCAAUCCCAGCUGAGAUUCAGCGUGCUCUUGCCUACCUCGCCACAGCUGCACCCCAACCUCAAUAA